AUGAAGAUGAACGACGUCAAGCCGGAGAGCAGCGGCGCGUCGAUUUCGCCAGCGGGCGGAAACAAUAACAAUAACAGUAUCAAUGGAAAUGGUAAAACGUCGGCAACGGCCGUCGCAGCCGCUGCCGCCGCCGCGGCGACGGUGGCCGCCAAUGGCGGCGAAGGUAUCAGUGCCGCCGUCGCCAAGGUUCUUCAAGGAUACGACUGGACCCUGGUACCCGUUGCCACCAAGGGCUCCGGCGACAAAAGAGCGGCCCACGUCAAGAGGCCCAUGAAUGCGUUUAUGGUGUGGGCCCAGGCUGCGAGGCGAAAACUGGCCGAUCAGUAUCCCCAGCUUCACAACGCCGAGCUGUCGAAAACACUAGGAAAGUUAUGGCG